AUGAACUCGGGCUUGCUCACCUCUGCUUCUGCCGGCCAUGCGAAACACCCAAAGUCUCCUUGGAUUCAAGUCACGGAUAUACCAUUUUCGCUUGCUUCUGCGACUGUAUUGGCCUCUGUACGUGAGAACGACGACCCAGCGGUUGAGCUCAGCCAGUUGCCUACCAUCUCCCCCAAGUCAAUCCGAAUCUUCGAUAUAUGCACCAAUGCCGGGGGUGCACGUCCUGUCGGCUUGCUCCUGCAGCAACAUCUUCGCCGCUGGUUUAAAAAGAUCAAAUUUAUGCCGCUUGUUCACAGCCCAAAGUUGCAGAGCCAUCUUUUUGACCGUCACCGAUCUUCAGCAUUCGAGCCGAGUUUUUUGAAUGCGCUUUGGGAUGAGAGCCGCGCUGGCUUGGAUGUUGGAAUUGCAUUGCAAUUACCUUGCACGCAAAUGGCGAAGCAGUAUAAGCCGCUGAAUCUGGGGCAUUCCUUCACAUAUCUAGUCUUUGGACUGUCACAAGCAGAUGAACUAGUGGUCGUCUACAGACACCCUACUUUCUUUUCUGGGCCAAUGCGAGCGGCGGAUGGUUUGGGCUCUCUAUUUUCGUCGUCUCAGUGGUCACAGCGAGUUCCAUCCCGAGGGUUUUCAAGGCAACAGCUCGUCAAGCUUAUUAUACUGGAACAUAUCCGUCUCCAUGUUCGCAAACUCCGAGAGAUCUGUAGUGCAACAUACCCUUCGACAAAGAUGAAUCUGUUGUACCUCGGGUCUGAUACUAUGGCGAGCACGAUCACGCGCCUCAGACAUUCAUUCGAGUUCUGUUGCCAUGUCAAAGAGUUUUCAGAGAUGGCAGAGUUCAUGGUCCAGAACUUCGAGGCCGACAUCGGCAAUGCUUCGCGACCGUCACUGCGCUGCUACCUUGUUUCUAUCCGCCAUGAAUGCUCUCAGUUGGAGAAUCUGGCAAACGCUAACCACGAGCGCUAUAAAAUGGCAUGGGACAUGUAUAAAGACAAACUCAACGUCAACGAGUCACGCGAUGUCAAAGGGUUGACUGUACUCGCCGCCAUUUUUCUCCCGUUGUCCCUUUCCUCCAGCAUCCUCGCCAUGAGCACACGCCUUGUCGACCUCAACAUCUUGCUGUACGACUUUGUCGGCGUCUUCCUCAUCCUUUCAUCCAUUGCCAUUGUCUUAUACAUUUCCAUUCGCGGCAUCGGCGCGUUGGUUCGAAAGGGACGUUAUAGAGUCACACACAGACUGGUGAAAAUGUCAGAACACAUGGAUGGAUUCACUAAUACGAUCACAAACAUAUAUAGCUCCAUGAUGUGGAAGUCAUUUGUUGUGCUCAUGCUGGUGAUAGUGACAUUGGCAUGGCUAACGGUGACGGUUUCCUUCAUAGUGGGCAUGGUCGGUGAUCACGGCACUGGCGUCGUGAUGCUAAAGUACACGGCUUUCACAACGGCAGGGAUCAUAGGUAUGACGGUGGUUUUGAUCGUCGCAGCAGUUUUCAUGUUCAAGGGAAUUGGCAAGGAUCCUAGUCUGGGGAAAGCCACGCUUGGAAGCGCCAUGAGUUUGAUUGCCGGUAGCAGGCCAGGAUCGGACGGAAUGAUACGGCCACAAGGCUAUGACAUGGAGGACUUGUCGAUAUUAACGUGA